CUCAUCCAUUCCUGCCACUCAUCACACCGAGCUUUCCAAGUACAAGGCAUCCAACACUGAUACUUUCCCGCUGCCCAUCCUGCACCUCAUUCAUUCAAGCAUUAGACGUCACUAUGGUGUCGCUUCGUGACGGUACGCAGAUCAAAGCAACUGCAGCCCGCGAUGGCCGCGAAGCAGCCAAAGCAUCCAGCCCAGGCCGUUCCUCCACUCGAAAGCGCAAGAGCGACAAUUUGACACGCGAAGAAAGCGAGACGCCGGAAGCUGACGGACAGGGAAAGAGAUCCAAAACCGGUGGGAAGCCCGACAUGCAUUUGGCAACGGAACGAGAGGACAAGCAAAACGAACGCCCACAGACGCCUCCAGAGGGAUCACCGAAGGAUUUCCCCCAACAGCUUCAAGAACGCAAUCAGAAAACGCCCGGUCGAGUAGGACCUGUCAAGAAAAGAGAUUUCGACCUCGAGCCACAAAUUCACCCCUUUAAAGGCGAGCCGGGGCAUAAGGUUCGCAAGUCCGCAGCCGAGAAAGAGGAGGAAUACACGCAAUUCAUUCGAGAGCACGAAGGCCAUCCCUUCCACGAACUCCACGUCUGCUAUGACAAAGGGCCAGACGGCUCCCCCACUUAUGACAAGGCGGGAUUCGAGCUCGACUACAACAAGGUGGUUCAGUGGAUGAAGCCUGUCAGCCGCCAAAGCCUGAAGUCGAAGAAGCACUACCAACGUAUCGACGAGAAGAUGAAGGAGGAGGCCAGAAAGCGAGAGAUCUUCUUCGUGCCCGGCGAGGCUCCCGACGACAAGGGCUCUUCCCCUCUCCUGGAGGCUGCUUGGACAGACAGGGUCUCUAAGGAUCUGCAGAUUCCGUAUCAUAAAGUUGGUGUCGCGGAAUUUGAAGAGUGGGAGAGGAGAGGGUUUCCCAAGGCCAGGAGGGGAGAGUAUUCAUCACUUACCAAGGAGGAACUUGACAGGUUGAUGAGGCUAACGGAAGGGGCGGCGCUUAGGAAGUAGCCGCCGUUGAGUCAUCGAUACUAUGGACUAUCUUAUUAAGAAGAGGUUUCAGGGAUUGCGAUUGAGUGCGCGACCGGGUCCGUUGGCUGAGAAUGGCGUUGUGACGUUCUGGCUUACGGUUGUGGUGUUUGGGAUUUAGAGUGGGGUAAAUAUAUUCUAUACGGCGAAGGAUGUGCAGACGGAUCUACCAAAGGAUAUGGAAAUUCCAGUUGUGGGCUAAACUGUGGACUUGGGUCGUCGAUGAGCGGCCGAUGAGAGUGCACUCGCAGUUUGACGACUUCAAAUCUGCAUAUUAUGCGAGGGCAUCGCAAGUAGAUGCAACUCGAGGCCGAAUGGGAUGAUGCUAAGUGGCAGCAAGCGGUGGAAAACUACCUAGUCUAUGCGCAUCAUGAUUACACAAACAUCUGAG